UAAUUGAAUUAAUAACCUUCAGCAUGGAUGAUUACGCGCCGAGUCGCUUUAAAGUGCUGUGCAAGAUUGGCGAAGGUGUCCACGGGGUGGUGAUGAAAGCGAUCGACUUGUCCUCACCAGGUGCCAACAAGUUGGUGGCAAUUAAGAAGGUUUCCCUCCGCACCAAGCACGGCGGCAUUGCGACGCACACAUUGCGGGAAAUUAAAGUCCUUCAGCACUGUGACCAUGAAAACAUCCUCAGCCUGCUCACCAUCUACCCCGACCUCAACGGGUUGGCGCUCGUGUUCGAUUUCAUGCCGCACACGCUGCAGUCUAGGCUCAAGGACGAAGGCAAUCCCCUGAGUCGACAGGAAGUGAAGUCAUGCACCCGGAUGCUCCUCAAAGGACUCGCCUAUCUGCACGAGAAAGGAAUUAUGCAUAGAGACAUCAAGCCGGCUAAUCUGCUGAUAGAUGACUGUGGAUGGCUGAAGAUUGCCGACUUCGGCCUGGCGCGCCUCUUCACGGCCCUGAAGAGCGCCGAGGAGGAGUCUGACGUGUGCUUCUCGCCACAAGUGGCCAGCCGAUGGUAUCGCGCCCCGGAGCUGCUGUGGGGAAGCCAGCGGUAUGGGCCGCCCGUGGACAUGUGGGCCGUGGGCUGUGUCUUCGCUGAGAUGCUGCGAGGAGUUGCGCUGUUCCCGGGCAACACUGACAUUGAACAAUUGGCACUUGUGGUGAGAACUCUGGGGACGCCGCACUCAGCUGAAUGGCCAGAAAUUCAUCAGUUGCCAGACUUCAACAAAAUCAGCUUUCCCCACUCGAAGGGCGAACAGUGGGAAUCGAUCUUUCCCAGCUGCACAACUCCACAGGAAAUCAGUCUUGUGGAUAAUUUAGUUACGUAUAAUCCGAGAAAAAGAUUAACGCCGGACCAGGCACUUCAUCAUGAAUAUUUCAAUUGAGUUCCACCCUCGUGCCACCCCUUGACGGACACGGCUCAAUGGCCAAGAAUUCAUCGGAGAUUGUAUUGUAAUAAGAAAUUGUUGGUGAGUGCCAGAAUAUGCUGUGAAUAUCUUUCCAUGACUUUUUUUUCCACCCGCCCUCAUUGCGUCCCGGAACGGAGGGAGGAUGAGACGCCUAUGUAUUUGUCCUAUUAUCUAUAU